AUGCGGAACAGCUGUCAAAUAAUUUCCUCAUUUCUGGAUACAGUAUUUUUAACGUUUCACAUUAUUGUUUAUGUGCAAGCCAGUGAGAAAUAUUCCAGUGGAAUUAUCUCUCCCGGUUACAACGAUGUUUACUCGGUGACAAAAUGUAAAUCUGACAAAAGCAUGGCAGAAAACAAGUGUGACAGAAAUCUGGAAAUUGACAGUGUACAUUCCAACCAUGUAGAAGAAGUACAUAAUGUACCGAUUGAUGUCUUGAUCAGACCUAUACCAUCCAUAUUAGAUGAGAGUAAAGUAGCAUCACUGAUGGAAACCAUAAUGGAUGAUGAAACAAGGGAUAAAGUGCCACCUAUAGAUGUUUUAUGGAUUACAGGCAGGCAAGGUGGAGAUUAUUUCUAUUCCUUCGGUGGAUGUCACAGAUACGAGGCCUAUAGACGAUUGAAACUGAAAACAAUACCAUGUAAACUAGUGAAAUCUACUGUAGAAAAUCUUAAAACAUACCUUGGAGGAUCAACACCAGAUCUUUUAUGAUUGAUUCAUAAUUUAUUUGGAAGCUAUUUUACUGCUAUUAGCAAUAAAGAUACCUCAAUUCAGAGGCUGGAACCUUAAUUGAGGUGUCUUGUUUUUGAUAAAUUUUGGUUUAUAUAAUAUUUAUUAUUAUUAUCCUGAUAGAUGUCAUUGUUUAACCGAAACCUAUUGAUGAAUAAAGUUGCUUAAACCGA